AAUGUCUUCCACUUCACUCUUAUGUCCAUCCACUUCCUGCUCUAUCAACUCCAAAUUCAAAAUGUCAACAACUCAUCACCUUCAUUUCACAAACAUCCUCCUCCUUCUCUUCCUCUCCACCUCGUUACCAUCUUUAGCAACACCCACUUCCAUUCCACAAGAGCUUCUCAAAGGCUUCUCCACAUCUCCACUCUCUACAUCCACACCCUUCCAACCUAUUCUAACCGACCCAACCGGCAACUUCUCUCUCGGCUUCCUCCGCCACAACCAAAACGACCUACAACUAGCCGUCGUUCACACACCUUCCUUAGAACCACUCUGGAUCGCCAACCCAACACAACCCGCAUCAUGGGCCGACACCACGCGCCUUUUCUUCAACGGCAGCCUAGUUUUAUCAGACCCACAAAGAAGCAUCACAUGGUCGACAAACACAGACGCCGACCGCGUGGUGAUUCUCAACACCUCGAAUCUACAAAUUCAAAGCAAAUCAACCACCAAAACUCCACCAUGGGAAAGUUUCAACUUUCCCACAAACACCCUCGUUCAGGAUCAAAACUUCACCACCAACAUGACUUUAGUAUCGCCUAACCGUCUUUAUUCGUUACGGUUAGGCGACAAUUUCAUGGGCUUGUACACAAUUAACACCGAACAAGAACAAGGAAGAUCGUUAUCCUUAUCAAAACGGUUAUUUCUGUUAUACUGGAAACACACUGCACUACAAGCAAAAGCUAAGGUAAUAACCGGUGCAGGACCCAUUUCCGCAAGAGUUAGCACAGAGGGUUACAUCGGAAUGUAUCAAACGAGUUCAAAACCCAUUGACGUUCAGAAAUUCAACAGCUUCCAACAAUCAUCAUCAACGUCGUUUCUCUUGGUCCGUUUAGAAUCUGACGGGAAUCUCAAAGGGUAUUAUUGGGAUUCAACACAGUCCACCUGGUUACUUAACUACCAAGCUAUAACAGAAACCUGCGAGCUUCCGAAUCCGUGCGGUUCUUAUGGUUUGUGUACGCCGGGUGAGUCUAGUUGUUCUUGUUUAGAUAACCAAACCCGGUUCGAACCGGGUGGGUGUUUAGAUAAUAAAGAUGAGAGUGGUGGAGAUGGUGAACUGUGCGGUGUGGAUGGAAUUGGCGGAGAGAAAAACUAUAUGAUUCUGAGAAAGACCGGUGUGGAGCCACCGCAUAAGGAGUUACUGGAGGAAGUAACGACGUCGUCUUUGGAGGAAUGUGAAGGGUUAUGUGAGAAAAACUGUAGGUGUUGGGGAGCGUUGUAUAGUAACCAAACCGGGUUUUGUUAUGUUUUGGAUUAUCCAAUAGGAACAAUGUUGGGAACAGGAGAUGAGUCAAAGGUGGGUUAUUUUAAGGUGAGGAAAGGUGCACGGAAGAGGAAUAGGGUUGGGGUUAUAAUUGGAAUUGUGGUUGCUGUUUUGGUUGGGAUUAGUGUCGUUGGGGGUGUGAUUUUUGUAAUGAGGUGGAGAAAGAAAAAAGGGAGUUUGAAGGAGGAAGAGAAUUGGGCUUCGCCCGGCCCAUAUAAGAAUCUGGGAUCCGAAAGUUUUAGUUCGAUUGAAAUGUCGGGUAGUGUGCAAUAAAGAAAUGAGAAUGUGACGGAAGGGGUGACGUAUUUGAAAGGUUGACAAAGAGAUUUUGAAUUGAAAAAAUGGAUUUACUUUGGAGGUAUUUAGGUGUAGUGGGAAUGGGAUGGGGUUUAUCUAAUCUAAUAUUUCCACUGAGUAGUGGUUGGUUGGUGCGCUUUGGCAUGUGAUGUGACCUUAUUCACUUUCCUAUUGAGGAAAUUCAAAUUGGAUUCUUAUUGAAGAUUUGGCAAUAAUGGAUGAUGAAGUGCAUUUAGGUUGAACCAGAUUUGAAUUGGUGAGAGUUGGUUUAGUUUGUUGUACUAUUUUUACUCACCAACUGGAGAAACAAGUGGUUGUGGUUUUGGAGUGGUGGAUGAAAUGAAAUCCGUGACUACAGUAUUGAGUAUUGACCGAACUCAAAAUUAGUAAGAAAGUGUUGUAGUAGUUGUCUGAUUUGGUGUCGGGCAUGGUAUUUUAUUAUGCAAUUUGCAUUGAAGUGUAGUUGACUUCGAAACGGCGGCCGCUAAUUGGUUGCAAGCGUGGGCACGAGUGUUAAGGGUAUCUUUUAAUGUAUGGAGUAUAAUCCAUGUGACAAGAUGAAUUAGCGUUAAAUUAGAUUUUAUUUUGUCAACUUGCAUUAAUAAAAAAACUGAGUUUAAUAUGUUU